GCUUCUUUGGUGUCGUGUCCCGGUUUUCAAUACUACGCGCACAGUGUAUAUCUUUUUUUUAACCUGUGUGCGCGAUUUUGACACAAGCUUGUCAAAAUCGCCUCUGCAAAAAAAUGGAGUUCAAAUUUUAUUUUGCUCUAUUAGGACUCUUUUUAUAUUAUACAAAUCAUGUCACCUGUCAAUAUAGAACGAAAAGUAGUCAGAGUGCCUCAUUGGCUGAACGUGUACAACAAUUGACUGAUAUGGCUAUGAAACGAUCUGUUAUUAAAUUUGAUGGAGCAAAAUUUAAAAGAUUUAUAAAAACAACACCGAGAAAUUAUUCUGUCGUUGUUAUGUUUACUGCCAUGGCACCACAAAGACAGUGUCAACUUUGCAGUAUAGCGAAGGAUGAAUUCACGAUAGUAGCAAAUUCGUUUAGAUACUCUCAAUCUUUUUCGAAUAAAUUAUUCUUCGCAUCCGUGGAUUUCGACGAAGGAUCUGAUGUUUUUCAAUUGAUGAGACUCAAUACUGCGCCUGUUUAUAUGCAUUUCCCGGCUAAAGGAAAGCCAAAACCAGGUGACACAAUGGACAUUCAGAGAGUUGGUUUUGGAGCCGAUGCUAUGGUUAAAUGGAUUUCUGAACGAACUGAUAUUCAGAUACAAGUUUUCCGUCCACCAAAUUAUUCGGGAACAGUUGUGGUUACUAUUCUAUCUCUUUUCAUUGGUGGUUUCUUGUACUUAAGGAGAAAUAAUUUGGACUUUAUUUAUAAUAAAACACUCUGGGGCCUAGGUGCUAUGUUCUUCACAUUAACGAUGAUCUCCGGACAAAUGUGGAAUCACAUUCGAAGUCCGCCGUUUGUUCAUAGAUCGCCAAACGGAAAUGUUGCCUACAUUCACGGAUCAUCGCAGGGGCAAUUCAUUUUAGAAACCUACAUCGUUCUGAUGCUCUACGCUGCUGUUGUUUUUGGAAUGAUUCUCAUGACAGAAGCUGCGGCACGUAAAGGAGAUGUAAAGAAGCGAAGAAUUUUUGCUGUGAUAGGUGUGGGAUUAGUCACCGUUUUCUUUAGCUUUCUUUUAUCCAUAUUCAGAAAUAAAACUCAGGGAUAUCCUUACAGCCUUCUAUUUAGAUAACUGUCCCAUUAAAUCUAAAAAAUAAAGAAAACACAAAAAAAGAAAAAUGAGUGAUUUAUACAAAAAAAAAAGAAAA